AUGGCUUCAUACACUUCCUUAUCACUGGCUUCUUUAUGCGACAGCUACACUGGUGCUGUGGGACUUCAACGCUCAUAUUUCGGCAAAAGUAACGUCCGCGUAGCUCCGUUUACAUUCCACUGCAAUGGUGUUGAGAAUUCGCCUCUUGAAUGUGUUAGAGAAGACCUUGGAGACGAGGCCGAUUGCGACAGCUACCACACCGCAGGUGUGAAAUGCAUACCUGCACCCGGGCCUUACGAAGUGCGCCUGAUUAAGGACGGCGUUCCCAACAGUGAGGAAGGUCGAGUGGAGGUGAGAGAUAGGAACGCUGGCCACUGGGGAACUAUCUGCAGUGAUGGCUGGGACGCCAGGAGCGCCACAGUGGUCUGCAGGAUGCUUGGACACAGCCGGUUUAUAGCCUCUGUGAUGGAUGACGGUGACGUCACACCAGGGAGUGGCGCCAUCUACCUUGAUGACGUAUCCUGUCGCGGAGACGAGCUUUCUCUGGAACAGUGCUACAGCCGUCCUUGGACCGUUCACAACUGCCGCCACGAACAGGAUGCCGGAGUGAGAUGUAUUCUUCUUUAAAUCUUGGCACAGAUGAGUUUACGUUUGUGGGAAGAAAUAAUGAAUGCAAAACGCACUUCCCGACUACCACACAGUGGUACCAAAUACGACACUCCUCGAUUUACAAAUAAACAUUUGUUCGGUACCAAGAGGAACUAAUUACACUGACUCUAUCGACGCAUUUGGUGGACUUAUGAAAGAUAAUAGCAGCUGAGCGUUCACACAAUAUUUCAUAGUAUGCAUCGACAAACCUGCUUUUCGAAGCGUGUUAUCCCCCUGUAUCACAGCAACCUAAAAGACUCGAUCCCCUCAACAGUUACACUUUUCAACAUAUCGUAUUUGUAACAUGUUUUUAUUUUCGAAUUUGUUUGCAUUUUGACUGGCUGUUAUAUACCCAAUGACCUUCUACAGCCAAUAGAAUAAAGGGAAAUAAACUUAAUGGUGCAUGUGAUCAUAGCUUGUUGAGAUCAGUAAUGAUGGAUCAACGUUUAACUUUAUGCACUUUGAACGUAGAAGAGAGUGACGGAAAACAUUGCUUAUUUGACGUAACAUCUACACAUGUGACGUUAACGUCGUGACAGGAACGGAAGUCCUAUGAAUGGAAGUCUGGGGCCCCAUAUGAUUACUAUAACUUAGGUUUAUUCGGAGUACUGAUGUUAGUAUAUGAGGCGAAUGUCACCUGCAAAAAGUAAUGGGGAUCGGACUAUAGGGUUCCUAGUUGACUACUUUUCCUAGCCACACCGGGUUCAACUGAGGAUGUGACAAGGGAUGCAGAGAAGAUGGGCAAUAUUGUGCACGUAUAACGUCAGCACAGCUCAACGUGAGCACAGCUCUUGUUACCUGUGGGUACAAAGUUUUGCAAAACUAGUGAUAAUUGAAUAAUUGACAAACUUUUGCAAAUGUUAACCCUUCAUCUGCAGAAGUAAAUAUCUCAAACCAGUUACCAUGCGUUUUAUGUAAUAUAAUUGAUGUGUAAGAACGAGGCGCUCCCCUAGAAGAAGCUGUAUAUCCAUUAAACCGUGAGACCAGCUGUGAUAAUUAACGUGUAGGCCUACUUAGAUAGCUGCAUGUUUCUAGUACCGUAUUUGUUACCUAUAACGUAAUAAUAUGUAGAAUGUUUGUAUAUAUUUAAUGGGGGAAAUAAAAGAAGAAAAGAAA